GCUUAGUGUUGGAGCUUGAGGUUCUCCCGACCUACUCAUGGCAGCCAUGGGCACCCCAUGGCAGCUGCGCGGGUUUACGCGCAGCAGAGCGCCCACGCCGCGCCUGCCGCGCCCGUCAGCGUCCGCUCUUAUUUCCCACACCGGGAGCCCGAACCUAAGGAGAUCACCGCGCUGCUGGCACGGCUCCGGCACCGCUGGGCGGAGGCGCUCAAUGCGCUGUGGCUCUUCGGUGGCCUUGAGUUGCCCAUUUGCACGGCCAACGCGGCACUGGCGGCCCAUUCUGCCUCGAGCUCGGCCUGGAGGUCCUCCUUGGCGCUCUUGCGCCUGUUGGGGCUGCGCAGCUCCACGCGGGACGUGCGAGACGUGGUGUCCUACAGCAGCAGUGCGGUGUCCCUGGAACGAAGGUCGAAGUGGACAGCGGUUUUGAUUUUACUGCAAGAGCUCACCAGGGCACGCCUGCAGCGCGACCUCCUCAGCGACGCAGUGGCGAUCUCGGCCUGUGGCCUCGGUCACGCCUGGCCGCGUGCGGAAGGCCUGGUCGCCGAGCUCAGGAGCCGUUCCUUGCGAGUGAACUCAGUGGUGGCCACCAGCAUCCUCUCCUCUACGCCCUGGCGGCGCGCCUCUGCCUGUGCUGAAGGCCUCUCACAGCUGGCAGCGCCGGCGCUCGCUCGCGCCUAUCGGUCGUGGCAAGUCGCUGUGGACUCUUCACCUAUCACGACCAUCCAACUCAACGCGGCUGUUACCCGCUGUGCCAACGCAGCCCAGUGGCAUUGCGCCCAGCAACUGCUCCAGGAGGCCAGCGCUGCCCGCGUGGUGUACAGCGCGGAGGCGCAGGCACCGGCACGGGCGGCAUGCGUGGCAGCUGGUGGAUGGACACGAGGGCUACAGCUGUUGGAAGGUGCCGCUCAGACGGUGUAUGUCCUAGCAGCCGCCCUGUCGUGGGCCACCUGGCCUGCGGGUCUCAUGCUCUUCCGGCAGGUCUCUCAAGGAGCAUUGCAGCUGGAUUUGACCACUCUGAACAGUGCUUUGGCCUUGUUGGACCACUCUAGCUGGCCACAAGCUCUUGAGCUCUUACGCACCUCCAGCGCCGAAGAGCUUCGCCCAGAUGUCCUGAGUUGGCAGGGCGUGUGCAGCACGCUGGGAGAGACCUGCCCCAGCUCCUCUUCGCCCCAGCUUUUGGUGGCACUGGAGCAGUUGGCUGCUGCUGGCCUGGCUGACCUGGCCGUCAACGUCGCUCGAAAAUGAGUCAACUCGCUUUUCUCCCGGAUGACCACCUGGUAGUUGACAGGUAUUGUUGCACAUCUGAUCUGUUGGGUAUUGGCUGCGCAGAAGACCGGCAGCUUCUUGCCUGACCCACUGUGGUCUUGUUGGCUCCAGGGCACUUGCUGACCACGGACGACUUCGCACACUCAUAAGCUCGGCAGAGUGAA